AAUUGUGAGGCACAGUUGGCUUCUGGCUUUAGUGACAAUGAAGACUGUCCUGAUCCUAGCGGCAUUAUUCGGCCUGGCCGCCGCUGGAUACCCACACUACAAUCCUGACCCGAAAACUACAAAACUUGACUCCAAUCUUGUAGAUAUCCAAAGAAAAGUUUUGUUGCUUUUGGAGAACUGGAAACAAGUUAAUACUGACGAUGAGUAUUAUAAAAUUGGUAAAGAAUACAGUAUUGAAGCAAACAUCAAUUCUUACACGAACCGGGAAGUCGUGAAUGAAUUUUUAUCAUUAUAUAAGGCCGGUUUCCUAUCUAAAAAUGAAAUAUUCUCAGUGUUCUUUGAAGAUCAAGUUCUGGAAGUCAAAGCUUUGUAUGGGCUUUUAUACUAUGCUAAAGAUUUGGAAACCUUCUACAAAACCGCAGCAUUUGCACGUGUUUGGAUGAAUGAAGGCCUAUUCGUAUAUGCAUUCUACGUGGCAGUAAUUCAACGUCAUGAUACUAGAGGCAUAGUUUUACCAGCUCCGUAUGAAAUAUGGCCAGAAUAUUUCAUUAACAGGGAUAUCUUGUCCAAGAUCUACCGUGUCCAGAUGCAGAACGGCUUGAUUAUACCAGAUCAAGGCAAAUACUAUGGCAUAUUAUCUCAAGACAAUUCUUACUACUUUUAUGCCAACUACUCUGGUCCUUUGACAUAUGAAGACAAUGAAAAUUUAAUAUCUUACUUCAUUGAAGAUAUUGGUUGGAAUUCAUAUUACUACUAUUUCCACAACAAAUUGCCGUUCUGGGGACAUGGUAAAGAUAUUAUUGGCCCCUUCAAGGAACGUCGAGGUGAAAUAUACUAUUACACCUAUCAAAAAAUUCUGGCUCGAUACUAUCUUGAACGUCUUGCCAACGGACUGGGAGAAGUGCCGCGAUUUAGUUGGUUUGACAAAUACGAAACUAGUUAUUACCCGGUAUUAGGAACAUACCAAGUGCCAUUUGCUCAGAGAAGCGACGACUAUUACUUGCCUAGCGGUGAAAAUAUUGAAGACAUUCAGUUUCUGGAUAUGUAUGAGAAGUCUUUCUUACAAUUCCUACAAAGGGGCCAGUUCAAGGCUUACAAGCAAGAUGUUGAUCUAUACAGCUCGAAAUCGAUUAACUUCGUCGGUAACUAUUGGCAAUCUAAUAUGGAUCUGUAUGAAAAUGUACCGCCCAGGAAUUACUGGCGAUCAUAUGAGGCUGUUGCUCGUCGCAUUCUCGGUGGUGCUCCUCAAGUGUCAUAUGAAAACUUGAACCUACCGACCGCUUUGGACUUCUACCAGACUUCAAUGCGCGAUCCUGCCUUCUACCAGCUCUUCGCAAAGAUCUUAGACUACAUUAUUCAAUACAAAGAGUACUUGGAGCCGUACUCUCAGGAUGUACUUCAUUACAGUGGCGUUAAAAUUAACGAUGUAAAAGUUGACAAACUAGUCACUUUCUUCGAAUAUUUUGACUGGAACGUUACUAAUGCGGUUUACCUGACUGAACAACAACUCGACACCUCGUCUCCGUCUUAUAUUGUCCGUCAACCUCGUUUGAACCACAACCCAUUCACCGUAAACAUUGAUAUCAAAUCAGACGUUGAGUCCGAAGUAGUCGUUAAGAUCUUCAUUGGUCCUAAAUAUGACGGCAAUGGACUUCCUAUUAGUUUAGAAGACAACUGGAUGAAUUUCAUAGAACUCGACUGGUUUACGUAUAAGCUCACUUCGGGACAGAACAAGAUUGCACGCAAAUCUGAAAACUUCUUCUUCUACAAGGAAGAUUCAGUAUCUGUGUCUAAGAUCUACGAGCUUUUGAGGAAUGGUCAGGUACCGUCUUAUAUGGUUGAAAAAUUCAUUUACUUGCCUAGGAGACUGAUACUGCCUAGAGGAUCUGAGGGUGGUUUCCCACUCCAGUUCUUCGUAUUUGUGUACCCAUACCAAGCGCCAGUUAAGGAAUGGGAAUCGUUUGCACAAUACGUUGUAGACAACAAGCCUUUCGGUUAUCCUUUCGAUCGUCCUGUGUCUCAAUCCUAUUACUUCGAUCAGCCUAACAUGUACUUCGAGGAUGUUAACGUUUACAUGGAAGGUGAAGAGUACCCGUAUUAUACUUCUUACUGGAGCCAAAACCAGGUCCCUAAACACUAAAAGGAGAGAGAAAGAGUAAAUAAACGGUAUCUAUUAUGUAAUAAAAUGAUAAAUAAAUAAUAUCUGUACUUUUGUAGA